AUGGCCCAGGUCGACCGACGCAAGCGCUCGCUCGAGCAAGAGGCCGACGCCAUGUCCGACCCCGUCUCUGCUCGCAAAAAGCUCAAGACCUCCGACCUGCCGCUCACUCAGAACAAGCGCGCUGCCAUCGAAGCCAUCCUGCACACCUUCAAGAAGAAGGGCGAGUUCGACUCCCUGCGCAAGGAUGCUUUCAACAAGUUCGAACAGAGCGAUGCAAAGUCCACCCUCAUCCAAUCGCUGGAGGAGCUCGGCGAGAGCGAAACCACCCGCAACCCUACCCUCCUCUCCAAGGACCGUCGCAUAGCCGCCCCACUACUCGAAGGCGCCGCCGAGCGCAGCGAGAUCUACCGCGCUGCCGAAACCCGUGUGCGCGACAUCCUGCACUCCGUCCUCGAGGAGCAGGCCGGCGCCGAGGCUCGCAUGCGCGAGAUCCGCCGCGCCGACAUUGGGGAUGAAGCAGCAAAGGAGGAGCUUAUUCGUGGUAGCAAGACGGAGGAAGACUAUCUGAGAGAAGCUGGGCAGCGCCGUGAGGUACGACAGAUUUCCCGUGACGCUCGCUUGGAAAUGGAGGAACAGCGGGAACGCGAGGAGAAGAAAAAGGCAGAGGAUGAGCGUCGCCGCAAGCGCGAAGAGGAGGAACGAAGGGAGAAGGAGCGCCAAGAGCGUGAGGAAGCUCGUCGCAGACUGCGCGAAGAGAGGGAGGCUGAGCGCCAGCGCGAGUACGAACGAGAGCGCGAAGUGCGUAGGGAGAAAGAAAGACAAUGGGAACGUGAGAGGGAGGAACGACGCGAAAAACGACGCCGUGAGGAUGAGGAGUACGAACGUGAGCGUUCGCGUCGCUAUGAUCGGGACCGCGACCGGGACAGGCGCCGCAGAUCGACGAGCAGGGACACGAGCAGAGGCAGAUACAGAGCCAAAAGCAGGGACAGAAGUAAGGAUAGGCACAAGGACAAGAGCAGAAGUAGGGACAAGCACAGAGAUCGGAGCAAGGAAAAGCGGCGGUCACCCACUCCAGAGGCACGCCCUUCUUCUCCGGACCAAAGCAAGCCGGCUGAUGAGGCGGAGAAGGUCGAGAAGACUGCUGAGGAGGUUAAGAUCUCUGACGAAGAAGCCCUCAGCCUGCUCCUCGAAGAGAGUAAGGCGCUUGAAAAGUCCCGCCAACGCCCCGAACUGGAGAGGUCCAGUUCUCUGGAGCCGCCUAGCCGCAAGUCACUGGUCCCCAAGUCCAUCGUCCCACGCGAUCCCGCAGCUCAGCGCCUAGCAAGGCUGGACCCCAAGGACAAAGCUCCCCUAUCUUCACCCACUACGCCGAAGCCUGAGGAUGCCGUGCCGAGAAGAGAAGACAUCCCCAUCCUCAAGAAAGAAGAAUCCACCAAAGAAGACGCCCGGUCCGUCCGCGCCGCCUCCGUCGCCGGCUCCGUCCGCUCCUCCCGCGCCGAGCGCGACGGGCACGAGCGCGAGUCCCGCCGCGGCGGCGGACGCUCCCGCUCCAGAGACAAGGACUCGCACCGAGGCGGCGGCCGUUCGCGCUCGCGCAGCCGAGCCACCGCCUCGCGCCGCAGCCGCUACCACUCGCGCUCCCCGAGCGUCGCUCGCUCCUCCCGCUACGACGACGACCGCCGCCGCUCCAGCCGCUUCUACGACGCUCGCGACCGCGAUCGCGGCGACCGCUACGACAGGCGUGGCGGUUACCGCAACCAUUCGCGCAGCCCGUCCGGCGGCCGUUACCGCGCCGCGAGCCGGAGCCCGGCGCCGCGAAGAAACGGUUACAGGGCCGGUGGCGGUGGUGGUGGUGGCGGCGGCGGCGGCGGCGGCGGCGGUGGUGGUGGUAGGUCGAGGAGUAGGAGUCCGCCUGAGACGGACAGGUACAUACCGGGUGGCGGAAGCUCGAGGAGGGACAGCCAUAGGGAUCGAGACCGCGACAGGGGAGACCGCGACCGCGACAGGGGGGACCGCGACCGUGAUCGGGACCGCGACUACAGAGAUAGGGACCGCGGCGAUCGUGACCGAGAUAGAGAUAGGGAGAGGGAUAGGGACCGUGACCGCGACCGCGACCGCGACUACAGGAGCCGCGGUGAUAUCGACCGAUACAUCCCGGGUGGUGGCAGAGUGGGCGGAGGGAACUCGAGGGAUGAUCGGAACAGGAGCAGAGAGAGGGACAGGGAUCGAAGAAGGGAUAGGAGCAGGAGCCGGAGCAGGGGCUCGAGGCGUUGA